GGAUUAUAUGGAUAUAAAUCCUUUUGUUUAGGAGUGUUGUGUUGAGUAAGCUGACAUUAUCUCGUAGUUCAGAAACAUUUUAUAUCUGGGAGGAUCCGCCCAUAUCUCCGCAUUUAAAGGUUUAUUUUUGGAAUUUUACUAAUCCUGAACCUUUCUUUGCUGGGUUGGAGAAACCAAAUCUUCAAGAGGUUGGACCCUACACGUACAGACAGAAGUGGUUAAAACAGAAUAUAACCUGGCACACCAAUGGAACAAUAUCGUAUAGAACACGAAAAAUAUUCACGUUUAGUCCGGUUGAUUCCUGCGCCGGUUGUAGUGAUGUCAACGAUCAAAUUACAACUAUAAACGUUCCUGCCAUCUCUGCCUACUAUCAGAUGAGAGAAGCUUUCUGGACAGGGUUCAUUCUGACUGGCAUGAUUCAUGGACUAGAUUACCGAAUGUGGACAGUUAAAAGUGCCAAAGAUCUGCUUUGGGGCCAUCAGGAGAAACUGUUUGAUAUUGCCCGUCACACAAUGCCCGACCCACCUCCCUUCAACCAGUUCGGAUUCUUUCUUACUAAAAACUCAACCAAAGAGGAGGAUCUGGGGUUGUACACUAUGUACACUGGGGAAGGGGAUCCGUAUAAACUUGCAACUAUUGCGGCAUUCAACGGCAAAAACAAUCUUGGUCGAUGGAAUGAUAGUGAUUGCGACAAAGUGCAUGGCUCUGAUGGAGCAUCAUUUAAUCCGUACAUACAACAGAAAGACACAUUGUGGUUCUUCAACGACCAGCUGUGCCGGGCCAUGCCACUGGUGUUCGAGGAGGAGGUGGAUAGAGAGGGUUUACCGGGAUACAGAUACCGACCUCGGGAGGAUGUUUUCAUGUCGCAUCGAUUUCCCGACGAGAACUCUUGUUAUGGUGUAGAAGGAAGUGUUCUUGGAGAUGGAGUAUUUGAUGUUACGACUUGUCAGUUUAAUGCUCCCAUAGUUCUUUCCUGGCCUCACUUUCUUCAUGCAGAGGAUAAAUUCAGGGAUGAGGUUCAAGGACUCAGGCCGAAUGUGAAAGAACAUGGAUUUUGGUUUGAUAUUCAGCCCACUACAGGAACCACCCUUAGUGCUAAAGCUAGAAUCCAGAUCAACGUUAUGGUCAGAAGUUCCACCAUUUUCGAUGAUCUGGCGAACGUGAAUGAUACCGUUGUUCCAGUUUUAUGGUUCGAGGAGGGAAUCGAUAAACUAGGAGAAGAUAUUGUUAAAGUUUUGAAAACUGCUGCAGUGGAUCCUGCAAUAUAUAGACAAUAUAUUCUGUACUUCUUCAUAGUUCUAAUGUCCUGUGUUCUACUGCUCCUGUUGACUGCAAUGUGCUUGUGCUGUUCUAAUAGAACCUCGGUCGCUAAAGUUGAAAAGGUUCGAGAACAAGUUCAUGAUAUGCUUGGACCCUCUAGCUACGAUACAGAACAAGCUGUACAACCAUUCCUGGAAAGUACUGACAGUUCACGGACUAAUUCUGCCUGCCAUUCUCGGAACUGUAGUGAGGGUACUAGACCCCCGUACAUACUUACAGAGGGGAAGAGUGAUAAAUUGUUUGAUAUUCUUCAUAUUAAUCGUGCUCUACCCUACAAUACUAUGCAGGAAGUUAAAUUGACUGUUCCAGAGAACCUUCUAGAAGGAGGGGUAGUGACGGAGAGGGAGGAGGGAGUAGAGGAUCUUCAUUCACUCCCUGAGGAGGAUGAGGAUGACGAUGAGCAUGAGGAUGAAGUGGAGGAAGAGGAUGAGGACGAUGAAGAUAGUGAAGAGGAAGAAGAUGGUGGUGAACCCACUGAUAUUCUUAUUCUACCCAGACCAAGGAAAAUAUCUUUAUCAUUCUCAUCUUGAAGCUGUGAUCUACAGAACUAGUUCUAAACCCUCUACCCCCUGUUAACCAGUACUAUAAAUACACUUAGCUUUAAUUUCAAAACAAGCUCAAGAAAAUUCAAGUGCUUAACAGAUUCAAGUCUUAUAUCUAUUGUAUGAAGACCAGGGACUAAACAUCUGCUUUUUAUUACCAUAAUGUAUACUCGAAAUCAUUUUUAAAUUUUAGUUUAAUUUUAACUUUUGAUAAGAUCAGAAGCUGGCAAGGAUUAUUUUAUUGGUGUAUCACUGUUCAGUACUCAGAGAUUAUUAUAAACCUACCAUCCCUAACUAAUAUUUAAUUUAUUAAAUAUAAUUUUAUUUUGUAGCAUUUCUUCUAGUAUUAUUGUAGUGUUUUCCUAUGCAGUCUAUGAUUCUCUAAAAAACUUACGAAGUCCAAGGUUAACACCAAUACCGCCCAAAAACAUUUUUCUUUCGACAGAAGCAAUGAGCGUUGAAAAAAAUACAUAUCUGUCAAUGUUUCGGUUUAGCAAUCUACAUACUACAAGUCUUGACUUAUCCUUUUAUCACGCUCAUUUGGUGCAUAGAGUGCGCCUAAAAUUUUUGUGCAAAUUUAACGCAAAGUUCUUGUUUCAGGCGUACAUUCCUGAGACUCAUGUUACUGUACUGUACUGUACUGCUUGUGAUUUAAGUAACAAUGUAACACAGGAACCUUGAACAUUUUGUAGAUCUAUUGAUCUAAUAUCUUCUUGUUUACCCUGUGUUCUCCUAUUUUUUAUAAAGAUCUCAAGAAUAAUGUAAAUUAUUGUAAUAAUUAUUUUUAACAUUGUUUAAUGUAUAAAUGAAAUGAAUGCUACGAAUUGUUAACAACUUUAAAUUUUAACACAUCUAAAUCUUACCAAACUCCUGUUUUCAUCCUCGAACUGAUCAUCAAUUUCCUGCGAAGGGAUAACAAUGAAAUGAUCAGUAUGUACCCCAUGAAUUUGAACCCACAUCCUCCCCUUCCUUUACACCCGGUGAUGCUCCUAUAUGCAUUAAACUCCCUUCUUGUACAUAUGUUGAUAUGUACAUAAAUUGUACUUAUUUAUGAAAACGCUUGUAAUAUGUAUGUAUGUAAUGUGUACCGAUGUUUAGGGUUCGAAUAAAAAAGUGAGAAAA